UGAAAAGCUCCUUCGUGCUGACAAAAGAAGUAAUAUUCCUUCGGCAGCAGAAGAAGUGACGUCGCCCAAUGGUGGUCGUUGUUUUGUUAAUAUAAAAGCUGAAAGCGAGGUUACACUUGGUCCUGUCAUUUCGUGUACGGCGAGAGGUGUUUCAGUUGUGCGUCUGAGUUCUCUUAGUGAUGAUGGCGCGCCUACGAGACGCGCUCCUCAUACUGUGUUCGAUAUGUGCAUUUACCGCGGCCCAACAGCAAACCAGCGAAGAUACUCCCAAGAAGGAGGACAGCUUCGAAGCUGAGCUGUGCAAAGACAAGGAUGCAGGCGAAUGGUUUCGCCUGGUAGCUGGCGAAGGCGACAAUUGUCGUGAUGUGAUCCAGUGCACUUCAUCGGGUCUGCAAGCAAUCCGUUGUCCUGCCGGUUUGUACUUCGACAUCGACAAGCAAACUUGCGACUGGAAAGACGCUGUGAAGAACUGCAAGCUGAAGAACAAGGAGAGGAAAGUGAAGCCGCUGCUCAACACUGAUGAGCCGCUCUGCCCUGACGGCUCCCUGGCUUGCGGUGAUGGAAACUGCAUCGAAAGAGGCCUCUUCUGUAACGGAGAGAAAGACUGCGCCGAUGGCUCCGAUGAGAACAGUUGUGAUAUCGACAAUGAUCCGAACCGAGCGCCCCCUUGUGACCCAACCGUUUGCAAUCUACCCGACUGUUUCUGCUCAGAAGACGGUACCACCAUCCCUGGGGAUCUGCCUGCUAAGGACGUGCCCCAGAUGAUCACCAUCACGUUUGAUGAUGCGAUCAACAACAACAACAUCGAACUCUACAAGGAGAUUUUCAAUGGAAAACGCAAGAAUCCCAAUGGAUGCGACAUUAAGGCCACCUAUUUCGUCUCGCACAAAUACACCAACUAUUCCGCCGUGCAAGAGAUGCAUCGCAAAGGUCACGAAAUUGCCGUUCACUCCAUUACGCACAAUGAUGAUGAGCAUUUCUGGUCCAAUGCCAGCGUGAAUGACUGGGUGAAGGAAAUGGGCGGGCAGCGAAUAAUCACCGAAAAAUACGCGAACAUCACCGAUAACAGCGUGGUGGGAGUGCGGGCGCCCUACUUGAGAGUAGGCGGCAACAACCAGUUCACCAUGAUGGAGGAGGAGGCCUUCCUGUACGACUCCACCAUCACCGCCCCAUUGAACAACCCGCCCCUGUGGCCCUACACCAUGUACUUCCGGAUGCCCCAUCGAUGCCACGGAAAUUUGCAAAGCUGCCCCACUCGAUCCCACGCCGUGUGGGAAAUGGUUCUGAACGAGCUGGACCGCAGGGAAGAUCCCACCAAUGACGAGUAUCUGCCCGGAUGUGCCAUGGUCGAUUCCUGCUCGAACAUCCUGACUGGGGACCAAUUCUACAACUUCCUGAACCACAACUUCGACCGCCACUACGAAGAGAACCGCGCCCCACUCGGCCUCUACUUCCACGCCGCCUGGUUGAAGAACAACCCGGAGUUCCUGGACGCUUUCCUCUACUGGGUGGACGAAAUCCUGGCCAACCGCAACGACGUCUACUUCGUCACCAUGACGCAAGUGAUCCAAUGGAUCCAGAACCCGAGGACCGUGACCGAGGCGAAGAACUUCGAGCCCUGGAGGGAGAAGUGCGUCGUUGAAGGCCCUCCAGCCUGUUGGGUGCCCCACAGCUGCAAGCUCACCUCCAAGGAGGUGCCCGGGGAGACCAUCAAUCUGCAGACUUGCGUCAGAUGUCCGAAUAACUACCCAUGGUUGAGCGAUCCCACUGGAGACGGUAUUUUCUAAGUCAAUCCUAUCCUCUAAGUGCAAGAACAAUGAAAGUGGUAUCAAAUCGAGCGCCGAUAAUCGAAGGCAAAGUGAUCUUAUUUUAUAUUUAUUAUGUCAAUGAUGACUGCAUGCGUGAUCGAAUUGUUGUUGUAUUUUUGUAAUAAAUUAUCCUCGAAUAAGCUUAGACUGUUAAUCCAUUGUCGGUGGUAAUCGGUAAGUCUACGUCGUUGCGACUUUCACGACGGCCAUUAUGUAACAUAUCUAUCUAUAUAUAUAUAUAUACAUAUAUACCUACACACACGAACUUAAAUAUGUAUUUAUAUAGAAAUAUAAUUAAUCAAAUUUCGGCGUACGCCUGUAGAGUGCUGUGUAGAAAAAACCCUUUUGUGAACGCAUUCCGAAUUCCAAUUGUUUUUAUAUGAUGGUAAUAAAGAUUGUUUAAUAAGUAAA